UAAGUGCUUUCUUCAAACAGGAAACCACUCCCAACCCCCAGCCUGCAGAAGAGGAGAAAACCGAGCCAGCACCCAGUCAGGAGGUUGCCAGCCCUGAACAGUAUAUUAAACAUCCACUACAAAACAGAUGGGCACUGUGGUUUUUUAAAAAUGACAAGAGCAAAACCUGGCAAGCAAACCUUCGUCUUAUCUCAAAGUUUGAUACUGUUGAAGAUUUUUGGGCUUUAUACAACCAUAUCCAGCUUUCUAGUAAUUUAAUGCCUGGUUGUGACUACUCGCUCUUUAAGGAUGGGAUUGAACCCAUGUGGGAAGAUGAAAAAAACAAGCGAGGAGGACGAUGGCUAAUUACACUAAACAAACAACAGAGACGAAGUGACCUUGAUCGCUUCUGGCUAGAGACACUGCUGUGCCUUAUUGGGGAGUCGUUUGAUGACUACAGUGAUGAUGUAUGUGGUGCUGUUGUUAAUGUUAGAACUAAGGGUGAUAAAAUAGCAAUAUGGACAACUGAAUGUGAAAACAAGGAUGCUGUUACACAUAUAGGGAGAGUAUACAAGGAAAGAUUAGGACUUCCUCCAAAGAUAGUGAUUGGUUAUCAGUCCCAUGCAGACACAGCUACUAAGAGCGGCUCCACCACUAAAAAUAGGUUUGUUAUCUAAGAAGACAUAUUCUGAGUAUUCUUUCAUAGGAGACUGCGUCAAGCAAUCGAGAUUGGGAGCUGAACCAAAGCCUCUUCAAAAGCAGAGUGGACUACAUUUAAAUUUGAUUUCCAUCUAAAUGUUGCUGAGAUUUGUGAGAAGUCUGAUUUGCCUUUGUCUUGUACUUCUGUGUUCAAUUUUUCUAUUUGGCUGAAGGUUACUUCAUGACCAAUCAGAAUUUUAGUACACUUCACCCCCCAGAUCCAUAAAUGUGUUUCUGGCCCACUCUGUAAUAGCUUGGUAGAAACAUUACUAUUACAAAAAGAAGAAUUCGUUUAUCCACAGUAUUCAGAAAAGAAGUUGCAUUUCUGUACCUGCAGGAAAUUACUCUGUUUUACACUUGCAUUGUAUGCAGUAACAUUUUGCUGGUUUGGAAAAGAGUAUGGUGCAUACAGUUUUCUAGCAAUUUUUUUAUACAGCAUCAUCUUUGCUGUAACCUAUGCUGAUGGCUGCUAGAUUAAUUUAUUUGUUUUCCCUAUUUGGUAACAUUAGUGAUAUUUUGAUUUCAGUUGUGUUUGCUCAUGUAACAUUUGGUGAAGAAUCUGGGAAUAUGACAAAGGUGGAAUAAACGUCAAUUUUGUGCA